AUGGCCGCAUCUAUUUAUGCUACCCCACCGCCAGACUUAAGCAGUGAGGACACAGCACUUUCCGAUGUCUCGAAUGCAUCUUCGCUAAAUAAUCGCAGUAGCAACAACAGCAACAGCAACACUACUAACAGCAACACAAACUACAACAACAGCACAACUACCAGCAACAACAACACAACCAGAACAAAUCCAGUAGCAAAUAAACAAAAACGCACAAUUUCCGAAGUCCUAGCCGGCAGUGGUGGUGGUGGUGGUGGUGGUGCAAGCCAAGUUGAUCAGCAGUCGCCAAAACGCUGCACUAGCGCAUCACCAAAAGCGUCUAACGGCGGCAUCACUACAAGUGCCGCAAUUACAGUUGAGGAGGCCAUUGAUAGUACAACAAUACGAGAUGAAGGGGUAAUUGACGAUGACGCCGACAUGUCAACGACAUCAUCGCCAACAGAAAGCGCCUCAGCUGCCACAAUAGCGGCCGUAGCAGCGGCAGCUAAUGCAGCAGCCAUGCAGCUGCAAUUGUUGGAGGCGCUCAACGAUGCUGCAAAGAAGAGACGCAAACAAAAUAAUCCCAGUCGUUUGGGGGCGCAGGCAGCAGCAGCAGCCGCCGCGGCAGCACUACAGCUAAACGAGGCCAAUGAAGGGGCGCUAAUCAAUGCGACUGCAGAAGCCAUAAUUGCAGAUAAGCCACCACCAACAACACUGCCAAUAGAUUACGAAGAGAAAUUAUCGAAAAUGUUCUUACCAAAGUCAAUGGAACAGCUGAAGGAAACGUUUGAAAUGUUGCAGCAGCAAAGGCAACAGCAAUUUGGAGACAUAUCACCAGAUGCGGGCGAGCAGAAAGCCACAGAGCUACAGGCAUCAGCCGAUGAGCGGCAGAACCCUUAUCACACGUUCUGCAAAACAUGUGGCGAGAACUUUGAAACCGAAUUUAAGCUUGGCUUGCAUAUGCUGCAGGAACAUCAGAAUGAUGAGCUGGAGCAGGGUAGCAUUGGCGGCGCUGUGGAGGAUGCACAACAAAAGGCGGAGCACAUGCCAUACGAUAUGCUUGGCGCAGUGAACGUAAAAAUCGAGCGUCCCGACUAUGACAACUCUACGUCUCCACCUGCCGCCGCCUCGAGCAACAAAAAUGAGAGCUCUACACCCAGCCUGCUGACAAAUGGCAAAGAACCCUGGUUGCACGCAAUGCCGGGCAUGGGUUUCCCCUUUCCACCGGAGGCUGCUGCUGCUGCUGCGCUCUCAGCCAGCGGCUAUCUGCCACUCCUUGGCAUGCCUGGCUUCCCCAGCGUCGACGGGUUAAAUCGUCCGCCGUUGCGCAUUUUCAAUCCCGAAGCUUAUUGCGAUCUCUGCAACAAAGAAUUCUGCAACAAAUACUUCCUCAAGACGCACAAGGCCAACAAGCAUGGCAUCUACGAUCCGGCCGUUUCGGGCAGCGGCGAGUGCGGCAACAGCGCUGCGGCUGGUGGGAAUAUGAAUGCCAUGACGCAAAUGUUACAACUUCAAAUGCAACAACAGCAACAACAGCAACAGCAGCAGCAGCACAGCAUGCAACAAUUGCAGCAGAAACAACAACUGGCCUUGGAAGAGGUUCAGCAGAAGCAACUCAGCGCACAAGCAGCCAACAGCGCAACCGCACAACAACUUACACCGCCCGCACCGCCGCCGGUGUAUUGCGACAUUUGCUCAAAACGUUUCACCAAUGUCUUCGCCAUGCGUCGUCAUCGCGCCAAAUCGCACGAACAGCUACCGCGUAACAGCCCUGGUGGCGAGCAGCCGAUACCGACGCCACCACCGCAGCCACCCCAGUCCACAGCGAAGUCAGAUACAGCCGCUGCUGCACAAAAUGAAACGAAACAUGAAUCGGUGGUCACAGAUGCUGCUAGUUCUGGUGCUGGUAAACAGUUCCAAAUGCCCGACGGCUUUCGGCAGGACUUCACGCUCGAACAAGAGGAAGUGGCUUUCACGCCACAACCACGCAAACUAUCGCCGCAAUCGCAACAGCAGGCGCGUGAUGCCAACUUCGCACACGAUAAGCUACGUCGGCUUGGCGUGCUCAAUCCGGAAGCUUUCUGCGAAAUCUGUUGCAAAGAAUACUGCAACAAGUAUUUCCUGCGUACGCACAAAUGGAAGCGUCACGGCAUAUUUGUGCCACCAGACGACGUGAAGGAUGAGCAACUGCAGCUGACGCAGAAGAUGUCAUGGCCAUUCAUGGGUCUGCCGGGCAUGCCGCUGAACUUGAUGAUGGCCGGCGACAAGGCGCUUAUGGCACAACGCAUGUUUGCGGCCGCCAAUGCAGCUACUUCCGCCACAGCCAAUGCCAGCGUGGAUGAGACGAAUCAGCACAUGGCCAAACGCAUCAAGCUCGAGCAAGUGGACGAGGACAUAUCACGCGGUAAUGACGAAAAUCAAGAGAAUAACCCUGAGGCUGUGGCGGGUUUGCAAAAUCUCCAAAAGCUCCAAUCAAUGAUACAACAACUCAAUGACUUGAAUGGCAAACGUUCGUUGGGCUGUCACCUCUGCGGCAGGGAAAUGGAGAACCAAUAUACGCUACAAGCACACAUUGUAACCGAACACGCUGGUCUCUUUGAUAGCAGUGCCAGUACGCUGCCGCUGAACUUUCAGCAACACCUAUUUCAGCAGCAGCAACAGCUGCAGGCCCAACAAGCGCUCAAACUCUCGCCAUCCGGCUCACCAGGUGUUCUACCACCGCUCAACGAGAUGCGCUGCAAUCAGUGCGAUCGCGACUUUGCCAAUAUACAAGAAUUCAAACAACAUAUCGCCGAAGUCCAUCUGCUGUCAGGUAGUCCACUCCGCGAAGGUUUUGUCACACCCGAACGUCCGAUAAACCCGAGUGCCGCAGCCACUAACUCACGACCGCCCUACACCAUCACACCCACCAGCAGCUACUGCGAAAUCUGCAAUAAGGAGCUGUGCAACAAAUAUUUCAUGAAGACGCACAUGCAACGCAUGCACGGCAUCGAAAUCGAGAAUGGCGCACAAAUUGGUGGCGUUGUUUGCAACAUCUGCAACAAGGAGCUUUGCAGCAAAUAUUUUCUGCGCGUGCAUAAACACAACACGCACGGCAUUGUUGAGGAGGGCGCACCGCUGCCGCAACCACGCCAGAACGGGUUGAGCUUCGAGGCUCAACAGCAACAGCAACAGCCGCCGCCACAGUCGCAGCAACAGCCACAACUGCCAGCUGCAGAAAAUGACUACAGUCGCGGACUUAACCAGAGCCCCUUUGGCAGCGGCAACUCCGGCGACUCCAAAUCGGACUACGCCAAUUAUACAGAGGUCUGUGUAAUUUGUACGCGCCGCUUCCGCAGCGCCAAGUGGCUCCGUGGUCAUUUGCUGAGCGAUCACGGAUCGGCGGGCAUUGAAAAACUGCGCGAAAUCGAGCAGCAGUACGGCCCGCUGUGUAAGUCUACUAGCCCCACGCUCAAAAUACCCAACGGCUCGGGCAGCUCCGGUCCUAGCGGCGGCGGCGGCGGCGGCAGCACUAGUACAGGUAGCAGCGCCAGUACUGCUGCUGGACUUCUACCGAACCCCACGAAUCUUGCUCAAGCUCUGCAAAACCUAAAUGCGCAACAUUUACUCGGCAACAUGCCCAAGAAUAUGUUACCUGGCAUGUUUGGUGUGGUCGCCGAACAGGCACUCCAAUCGCCGCGUCUGCAAGAGUAUCAGUGCACGAUGUGUCCCUUCACCACUCCCUAUUACGCAUUUCUAUUCAUACACGAACGCUCGCAUUCGCUGCUCGGUGGUGGUGGUGGCGUUGCUGGUGACCUGAGCGCUGCCGCCGCACACGACCAAUUCAUGGGCAGCACUGGUACAAAAGACGAAGCAGGUGGACGUGACGAGGUCAAAUCAAAGGCGGACAGCACUAGUAGUAGCGCAUUAGUGGCGGACGACAAAUUUCAAGUGGCUCCGUUGAUGCCAACUAACAGUGCUGCAGUGCAAGCAGCAGAGAGCAGCCGUGUGGAACCAACCAAUUUGUCAACACGCAUCACCACAUCGACUGGCAGCAGCAGCGGCAGCAAAUGCAAGUCGUCUAAAGAAAAUGCAGUGGCACAACGCAGUGUUAAGCAUGCGGACGCUAAGGAGAACCACAAAGAGGCCACCGCCAGCAGGGCGGCAGUCAAUGCGAAAGGGGAUAGGACCCGCACAAUCGCAACGUCACCCAUUCUCACAGCCGCCAACAUGCCGGCUCAACAGGAUGCGCUCAAUCAGUUAGCGGAGAAAAGCGGCAAAAUAGCUUCGUAUGCUGUGCCAAAAGACAGCGCUGCGGUUGUCGACAUGGCUGAUGGAGAACCACAAAUGCAAGCUUUCGUCUUGGAAUUGCAACAGCAGCGGCGGGAAAAGGAUGCAAUGGCGGCAGACGCUGAGAACGGUGACGCGGAGGAGCAAUGUAACAGGUUUGUGCCAGCUAUUGUUUAUUUGCCCGUUAGGAAACGCAUCUCAGGACCUGUAACUGUGUCUUUUAAUUUGACCCCAGCCUAAGGCGGUCAUGGUUGAGGGGUGGCAUGUAUGUAAUGUGUGCGUCCAUGGCUUGAGCAAAGUGUUGCCAGAUGGUUUUGCAAGCAGGGGGCCAUUAGCCAGAUAUGAAAUUGUUUUGUACUCAUGAACGGUAUAUGACUUAUAA